GGGGUGAUUUGGGUGACAACGGUCAAUAAUGAAGGUGGCUGCGGCUCGGCGGCAAGCUCAGCUGCGCCGGGCGGGGGCGGCGCCAGGGCCGCGCCUGUAAGACCUCGGGCCGGCGCGGCGGGAUGGGGACGCGGCGCGGGGAGUGAGGUGGCGACGGCGGCGACAAGAGGAACUUCAGCCUGAGGGUUUCGCCCGCUCCCCCCUCUGGUUUGUCCGCCUCCAUCUGCAGCCCCUGGGCCCCCGCGCCCCGCGGGGCCGGAACGGCGACGACAGGGGCAUGUGGCGUUGGGUCCGGCAGCAGCUGGGUUUUGACCCACCACAUCAAAGUGAUACAAGAACCAUUUACAUAGCCAACAGGUUUCCUCAGAAUGGCCUUUACACACCUCAGAAAUUUAUAGAUAACCGGAUCAUUUCAUCUAAGUAUACUGUGUGGAAUUUUAUUCCAAAAAAUUUAUUUGAACAAUUCAGAAGAGUGGCAAAUUUUUAUUUCCUUAUUAUAUUUUUGGUUCAGCUUAUGAUUGAUACACCUACCAGUCCAAUUACCAGUGGACUUCCAUUAUUCUUUGUGAUAACAGUAACCGCCAUAAAGCAGGGAUAUGAAGAUUGGUUACGACAUAACUCAGAUAACGAAGUAAAUGGAGCUCCUGUUUAUGUUGUUCGAAGUGGUGGCCUUGUAAAAACUAGAUCAAAAAAUAUUCGGGUGGGUGAUAUUGUUCGGAUAGCCAAAGAUGAAAUUUUUCCUGCAGAUUUGGUGCUUCUGUCCUCAGAUCGACCUGAUGGUUCAUGUCAUGUUACAACUGCUAGUUUGGAUGGAGAAACUAACCUGAAGACACACGUGGCAGUUCCAGAAACAGCAUUAUUACAAACUGUGGCCAGUUUGGACACUCUCGUAGCUGUGAUAGAAUGCCAGCAACCAGAAGCAGACUUGUACAGAUUCAUGGGACGAAUGAUAAUAACUCACCAAAUGGAAGAAAUUGUAAGACCUCUGGGGCCAGAGAGUCUCUUGCUUCGUGGAGCCAGAUUAAAAAACACAAAAGAAAUUUUUGGUGUUGCUGUUUACACUGGAAUGGAAACUAAGAUGGCAUUAAAUUACAAAAGCAAAUCACAGAAACGAUCUGCAGUAGAAAAGUCAAUGAAUACAUUUUUGAUAAUUUAUCUAAUAAUUCUGAUUUCUGAAGCCAUCGUCAGUACUAUCUUUAAAUAUAUAUGGCAAGCUGAAGAAAAAUGGGAUGAACCUUGGUAUAACCAAAAAACAGAACAUCAAAGAAAUAGUAGUAAGAUUCUGAAGUUUAUUUCAGACUUCCUUGCUUUUUUAGUACUCUACAAUUUCAUCAUUCCAAUUUCAUUAUAUGUGACAGUUGAAAUGCAGAAAUUUCUUGGAUCAUUCUUUAUUGGCUGGGAUCUUGAUUUAUAUCAUGAAGAAUCAGAUCAGAAAGCUCAAGUCAAUACUUCCGAUCUGAAUGAAGAGCUUGGACAGGUGGAAUAUGUGUUUACAGAUAAAACUGGUACACUGACAGAAAAUGAGAUGCAGUUUCGGGAAUGCUCGAUUAAUGGCAUGAAAUACCAAGAAAUCAAUGGUAGACUUGUACCUGAAGGACCAACACCAGACUCUUCAGAAGGAGACUUAACUUAUCUUAGUAGUUUAUCCCAUCUCAACAACUUAUCCCAUCUUACAAGUUCCUCUUUUAGAACCAGCCCUGAAAAUGAAACUGAACUAAUUAAAGAACAUGAUCUCUUCUUUAAAGCAGUCAGUCUCUGUCACACUGUACAGAUUAGCAAUGUUCAGAGUGAAUGCAUUGGUGAUGGUCCCUGGCAAUCCAACCUGGCACCCUCCCAGUUGGAGUACUACGCAUCUUCACCAGAUGAGAAAGCUCUAGUAGAAGCUGCUGCGAGAAUUGGCGUUGUAUUUAUUGGCAAUUCUGAAGAAACUAUGGAAAUUAAAACACUUGGAAAACUGGAACGAUACAAACUGCUUCAUAUUCUGGAAUUUGAUUCAGAUCGUAGAAGAAUGAGUGUAAUUGUUCAGGCGCCUUCAGGUGAGAAAUUUUUAUUUGCUAAAGGAGCUGAAUCAUCAAUUCUUCCGAAAUGUGUAGGUGGAGAGAUAGAAAAAACCCGAAUUCAUGUAGAUGAAUUUGCUUUGAAAGGGCUAAGAACUCUUUGUAUAGCCUAUAGACAGUUUACAUCUAAAGAGUAUGAGGCAAUAGAUAGACGCCUAUUUGAAGCCAGGACUGCCUUGCAGCAACGGGAAGAAAAAUUAGCAGACACCUUCCAGUUCAUAGAGAAAGACCUGAUAUUACUUGGAGCUACAGCAGUGGAAGACAGACUACAAGAUAAAGUUCGAGAAACUAUUGAAGCAUUGAGAAUGGCUGGUAUCAAAGUAUGGGUACUUACUGGAGAUAAACAUGAAACAGCUGUUAGUGUGAGUUUAUCAUGUGGACACUUUCAUAGAACCAUGAACAUCCUUGAACUUACAAACCAGAAAUCAGACAAUGAAUGUGCUGAGCAGUUGAGGCAGCUUUCCAGAAGAAUAACAGAGGAUCAUGUGAUUCAGCAUGGGCUGGUAGUGGAUGGGACCAGCCUAUCUCUUGCACUCAGGGAGCAUGAAAAACUAUUUAUGGAAGUUUGUAGAAAUUGUUCAGCUGUAUUAUGCUGUCGUAUGGCACCAUUGCAGAAAGCAAAAGUAAUAAGACUGAUAAAAAUCUCACCUGAGAAACCUAUAACAUUGGCUGUUGGUGAUGGUGCUAAUGAUGUGAGCAUGAUACAGGAAGCACAUGUUGGCAUAGGAAUCAUGGGUAAAGAAGGAAGACAGGCUGCAAGAAACAGUGACUAUGCAAUAGCUAGAUUUAAAUUCCUCUCCAAAUUGCUUUUUGUUCAUGGUCAUUUUUAUUAUAUUAGAAUAGCUACCCUUGUACAGUAUUUUUUUUACAAGAAUGUGUGCUUUAUAACACCCCAAUUUUUAUAUCAGUUCUACUGUUUAUUUUCUCAACAAACAUUGUAUGACAGCGUGUACCUGACUUUAUACAAUAUUUGUUUUACUUCCCUACCUAUUCUGAUAUAUAGUCUUUUGGAACAACAUAUAGACCCUCAUGUAUUACAGAACAAGCCCACCCUCUAUCGAGACAUUAGCAAAAACCGUCUCUUAAGCAUUAAUAAAUUUCUUUAUUGGACCAUCCUGGGUUUCAGUCAUGCCUUUGUUUUCUUUUUUGGAUCCUAUUUUCUGAUGGGGGAAGAUGUAUCUCUUCUUGGAAAUGGUCAGAUGUUUGGAAACUGGACAUUUGGCACUUUGGUCUUCACAGUCAUGGUUAUUACAGUCACGGUAAAGAUGGCUUUGGAAACUCGUUUUUGGACUUGGAUAAACCAUCUUGUUACCUGGGGAUCCAUUAUAUUUUAUUUUGUGUUUUCUUUGUUUUAUGGAGGGAUUCUCUGGCCAUUUUUGAGCUCCCAGAAUAUGUACUUUGUAUUUAUUGAGCUUCUAUCAAGUGGUUCUGCUUGGUUUGCCAUAAUCCUCAUGGUUGUUACAUGUCUGUUUCUUGAUAUCAUAAAGAAGGUAUUUGACCGACACCUCUAUCCUACAAGUACUGAAAAGGCACAGCUUACUGAAACAAAUGCAGGUAUCAAGUGCUUGGACUCCAUGUGCUGUUUCCCAGGAGAAACAGCAUGCACAUCUGUUGGAAGAAUGCUGGAACGAGUUAUAGGAAGAUGUAGUCCAACCCACAUCAGCAGAUCAUGGAGUGCAUCGGAUCCUUUCUAUACCAACGACAGGAGCAUCUUGACUCUCUCCACAAUGGACUCAUCUACUUGUUAAAGGGGCAGUAGUACUUUGUGGGAGCCAUUUCACCUCCUUUCCUAAAAUUCAAUGUGAUCAUCCUAUUAAUGGCCAAACUAGCUCUGAAAUUACUUUCUGAAAUCUCUGGAAUAGUUCAUACCCACUCAGAGUUAGAUGGCAAACAAACAGAAAGCAUUAACACAAGCCCCUUAAUUUGAAUCUGAACAUGUUAAAAUUUGUGAAUGAAGAGACAUUUUUCAUCUCUUUGUCUGAUUUGUCCCUUGUGCUUAUGGGACUCUUAAUGGCAUUUCAGCCUGUUGCUGAGGCCACUAUAUUUUAAUGUCAAGGUAGAAAAGAGAUAAAUCCUAGUUAUGUGUAUUUUUUAGUAUUAGCUUGGUUAUUGACUCUUCUAUUUAAAUCUGCUUGUGUAAAUUAUGCUGAAAGUUUGCCUUGAGAAUUCUAUUUUUUUAUUAGAGUUAUAUUUGAAGCUUUUCAUGGGAAAAGUUAAUGUGAAUAGUAAGGAAUUUUGGUGCCUCGGUGACCUGUAUUGUUAAUUCAUUAGUGUUUUCUAAGUUCACAGAGCAAAUUAGGAGAAUAAUUUCCAACCAUUAUUUACUUCAGUAUGGGUAGUAAAUUUAUACCAAUACUAAAUUUUUCUAACUGUACUGUAAUGCAACCUGUAAAGCUAGCCAUAUAAAUAUAAAAGGUAUAUCAUAUCUUAUCUGUAAAUCAGGAAUCUGGUCCAUUCACCAAAUUUCAAACUGAUGUUUACUGAUAUUUUUGUGACAGAAUAUAAACAAUCUAUUGUGGGUAAAUUAGAUACCUUAGCAUAUUAUUAAUGUCUUUAUCAUUGGAUCUUUUGCAUGCUUUAAUCCAGUUAAUAUAUUUAAAUUUGCUUUUUUUCUCUUUGUCUGAAGGCUCUGUUUAUAGUAUUUUAUGACAAUGUUGUAAAGUUCAACUAUAUCAAUAAAAAACAAGUUUGGACAGUAUUUAAAUAUUGCAAAUACUUUUAAUUAUACAAAUCAAAAUAUUAUGGGUAACUAAAUUAAAAAGAGAAUAAUUUCUUUCUGUGGCCAACUUAGAAUUGCUCUUGCCUUUCUAUAAGCUAGAAUAAAGGAUUUUAGUUAAGAAUAUUGUCAUUUUUAGGCUAGCAUAUGUUAUCUAAGUUACCACAGUAAAGUGAAUUCUGUCUAAUGUCCCAUUGAAAGGUAUAAUGUCAGGCAUGGCUGUGGAAUGUAAAUGAACCAAAGUCUAAAAUGCUAAGUUUUUAUCAGGUAAUGGCACCAAUAAAUUAAAAUGAAUGCUCAGAAUGAUUAUUCGGGUAUAUGUUACCUUGAUUAACUCAUUGCACUUCAAAACUUAAUUUCCAUCCCAAAUUUAUCAUACAGGUCCAGUAUUGUCAUUUGUUUUGUUAAAAAGUGAUGUUAUUUUAAGAUUUAGAAAUGAUUAAUUUAAGAACUGUUACCCAGCUAUAAGCAAAUAAUGAUUGUAUACGAAUGUAUUUAAAAUUGUAAGAAAAACUGUUAAAUGAGGUUUUGCCAAAUUUUUCCUUGAAAAUAUAAUUCCUUUUUGGAGAUUUAUUGUGCAGCUCUUCACUCCUUUCCCAUUUCAUGAAUAUAAAACUUCUGGAAUUGGGCUGGUGGGGAAAGUAUAGUAGAGACAAGCAUUAAGGCUUUACCUUUGCUUGCUAGUAAACUAUUUUCUUAACAUUUGUUUCGAUAUGCAAGGAUAUUAAGUUAUUAAUUUCAGGCUAAAUAUUAAUUUUCAAAAAUAGCCCUUAGAAAUUCCAGAGUUGUGUUUAGGAAGAUCUGUUUUUCUGGAAAUAUGUUAAAGAGGUAAUACAAUGUACAGUGUAUACACUUACCAACUCAUAUUCCAGAAAAGGAAAUAUUGCAGAAAUAUUCAGUAGAGUAGUUGAGUGGAGGACAAUAUGGAACUUGCAUUCUCAUAGAGUGUCUUAUAAAAUGUACACAUAACAAAGUGACAUUCAGUAGGCUCGCAUUACAUCUACCUUAUAGUGUUUAUUUGCCAUCACUUAAACUAACUACUGACACUAGAGGACUACAAAGUCAUCAAUAGUCUGUGACCAACUGCAGCAAGACAGGAGAUGAGUUAGCCUACGUGGUGCUUAAAGGGUGAUUGAUGGAAUUUUCUGCACUCACCAUUUGAAGUUAGUUAAAAACUUUAUUUCAAAAAAAAAAGUAAAUGGCAUCCACUGGUGUGCUCAUCCUAUUCUGUUGUUCAAAACCUACUUCAUUUUUAAAGGAAGAUUAUCUUGUAAUUUUAUGAAGAGUUUUAUUCUAUUUAUUUAAGAAAGUAACAAUGUAGUCUACAAACUUUCAAUAGUUUUGUAAAGCUCAUACUCAUAUUGGAAAACCAUUACCACAUAACCAAUAAUCACAAGAAAAGUUUCCCUUAUGCAUAUUUCUUUAAAAUUUUUUGGAAAGUAUGAUGUUGAUAGUUACUCUUAUCUUGCCCAAACCAGAACAAGAUGCUAAAUGUGUUAUUGCUAGUUAGUUAAUGUUCUCAAAUCUAUUUGCCUCACUGGCCUGCCUUUGCCUAGUCUGAGGCUGUAGCCUGAAGAUAGUGGCAAGCACCAAGUCAGUUUUCAAAAUUGCCCAUUAGCUGCUUUAGGUGACUCAGCACCAGCACCCUGUCUCAGCUUCAGCAAGCAUUGGCUCACCCUGGGAGGAGUAGAAUGUGGGCCAGGGAGAACUACAGCUACCAAGGUUUACUGUGAGUUGAGAAAAGAAGAGAAUUUACCUCUGAAUUUUCUAACUGCCCUCCUCCUUGAGUCUGAAGCUUUAAGAUGUACAAAGGCUUCUAGACCUGACCCAAACCCAGGCACUAUCCUAGGUAGGAGAUUAAACAAGGCAAAUCACCCUGUUAUGAAAUACCUGCAUUCAGCCUAUUAUUAGUACCAGGACUUAGGUUAUUUCUACUGCAGAAGAUUGUGAAAUUGAAUUUGUCUGAUAGCUUGAGACUCCUGGUAGGCAGGAGUCGAGGCCACUAAAAAUUUGACAAUUCAGAGCUGACAGUAUUUAAAAUAUGCUACUCUGAAAAUCUCUUGGAGUCUAGGGGUAAAAAAAAUCUUCCAUUGUUUGUGUUUUUCCUGUAAAGAUCAGUUUGGGGUAUGGUAUAAGCAGGUGUUAAUAAAACUAACACACCAAAGAGUUAUAUAAAAUAUGUUUUAUCAAUUUUGGUCCCCAUUUAUAGACAUUUUUAUUUCUAUCUUGAAAUGAGUUAUAUAUUUUCAUAAAAGUAAAACAUUAUUAAAGUGCUGUUUUACGUGAAAUGGGUGAUAUUCCUAAAAAAAGAUUAUAAUGAUAUGUUUGUAAUCAUGGUUAUUGUUAGGUUUUUAUGAGAUAUGAAUAUCUGGAAAUAUUGUAGCAAUACUUAGUUUAAAAUUUUGGACCUCAGACACUGUGGCUGUCUAAUGUAAUCGUUUAAAAAUUCUCUGCAUUGUCAGUAAGUGUAGUAUACUUAUUGUACAGCUCUCAGUAAUUUUUUAAUGUUUAUGAAGUUAUAUUUAUCAAAUAAAAAUUUUCAUAUAUAAUUAA